AUGCCAUCAAAAACACUCACAACCACAUCAAACAACAGCAUCUCUGCACAAACCGAAGAGCAGCGUGUGGAAGAGACACACACCUGUCAUCUUAAAAACCAACGUGAGGCAGACUUUGAUGAGUGGAAGAAAAGCAGAGCGCAGACAUCAUUACCCAGAAACCUCAGAUUCACAUAUCUCAAUCAGAAGGUGCUGGGAGUUUUGGCCACAGACGUUAUUCCAGCAGGCACGUGGUUGGGUCCACUGCUGGCCAAACAUCUCCAUCCUGAAGAUACACCUGCAGACGUCCAUCCGCAGCACAUCUGGAGGGUAUAUUCAGCUGGGCGUUUGGAUCAUUUGCUGUCCUGUGAGGAAGAGAGCUCCAGCAACUGGAUGUGUUUCAUAAACUCUGCUCAAUCUCCCUGGGAGCAGAAUCUUGUCGCGUUUCAAGCAGGAAUGCAGAUUUACUUCUGUGCCGUGAAGGUUAUAAUGCCGGGGGAGGAGCUAAUGGUGGGGCGGAGCCUAGAGUACAAGCAGCCAAUGAGCAGCAGCCUUAGGAUUUCCGGCCUGAAACAGCCACCUCCUACACACACUGAUCCUCAAGGUAAAGUUAGAAAGAGAAAAAGAGGUUACACUGUGACUGAGAUCCUGGAUCUGGACCCCCGGACUGACACUCCUCUAAACAAACCAUUCAGUUCCAUCACACUGUCUAAACAUGAGAGAAAAGUGACCAGAGAUCUGCAGAAUCCCAAACUAACUACAUCUUCAGUGACUAACAGCAUCUUCGACAACAUGAAAAGGCACGUAUACACACCUGCUAUCCCACAAUCCUCUCUGCCAAGGUAUACAUGGCCUAUAAUUCAGUCUAUGCCUCAUAAUAUUCCCCUUGCACAAGUCCACAUGUAUCCAUCUCUUUUGAGUCCAACAUCCAAUGGGAAUCCCUUUUCAUUAGUGUCAAUCAAUAAAAGCGACUUCAGAAUUGAAGCGACAGACUCUACAAAGACUAAGAUUAAACCUGAAGACUCAAUAACGAUGUCGCAUAGCCGGACACCAGCCUUGAGUAAUGCAACUCAUUCUUCAUUAUGCCAUGCUGAUGACAUCACAGCCAAGGGAGAGUCAUUAAACAUGGGCGUGGCCUCAUUGAACAUGGGCAGGGCUUCCGCAGAUGGCUCCUCCUCCUCCACCACAGAGUCUCACGAUGCCAUAAAGCAGACUGUACAAGGUUACAGGUCUUUACCGUAUCCAUUACAGAGACAGAAUGGAAAGAUCCAGUAUGAAUGUAACGUGUGCGGGAAGAACUUCAGUCAGCUCUCCAACUUGAAGGUCCAUCUGAGGGUCCACAGCGGUGAGAAACCCUACAGGUGCAACAUCUGCAGGAGGAGCUUCUCCCAGCUGGCUCACCUUCAGAAGCACAUCCAGGUUCACACAGGAGAAAAACCACACGUAUGCCAUGUGUGUACAAGGCGUUUCAGCAGCUGCAGUAACCUGAAAACACACCUGCGGCUCCACUCAGGUGAACGGCCGUAUGUCUGCAAGCAAUGCUCUGCCAGCUUCACUCAGCACAUCCACCUGCGGCUCCACAGGCGGAGUCAUGCCACCCCGCAGUCACAUCAAUGCCCGCAGUGCCCUCGCAGGUACAAACACAUCUGCAGCCUGAAGAUCCACCUCCAGCAGUUCUGUCCCGCUUCCAGCACCACAAGCCCCGCCUCCCUGCUGGGCUCAGCCAAUGAGGAGAUCGAGCGGUUUGAUGUCAGCGAAGAGGCAGAGAGGCUGGAGGUUGGCAUGGAAACGGAGGCUAUAAAGAGGAUGUGUCAGGUGAUCUGGGCACAGACUCUCGCAGGUGCACCUGUCCUCCAGCAGGGGGCAGCACACAUAAACACAAUCAAAAGUGGAUCAUCCUGCUCUCUAAUUCCUAAGUUUUCUGGUAAACAAGAAGCUAGUCAAUAAAUUGAGGGAUAUUUGUUGAUACUGUAUAAGAUGCUUGUUGUCU